ACCGCGGUGUACACAUUCGAUCAUUUCGAUGUGUCAAAUCGACACAUUUUGGACGUAAUUUUAAUCUUCAGUGUAAAUUUUUAAACAUUGAAAAAAGUGUUUUUAACAUUAAUUAAUGAAAGUUUCAUUAAACAAAAUAGUGCAAUAGUUAUUAAAUGGGAGUCAAAAAGUAAUGUAAACAAUUUGCCCGUAUACAUUGUGCGUAAAGUGUUAGAAAAGUGAAAUAACUUCGAGAACUUAUAACAUAUAAAUGUGAUCCAGAAACCGUGAAUAAAUGUUAAUUUAAUGAUGGAAUUACGUGAUGUACCAGAUAGCAGCAUAUUAUCUUCAUCUUCCUUUGCUACGCAGAAUCGCAUACAGAAUGGGAUACCACUUUUACUGAUUUCUUUUCGUAGUCAAAGCAAUAGUUUCAGAAAACAUUCAACAACUUUCACAUUUGUUGGUGUUCUCAUAGCAGUAGUGUGGAUAAUUAUUUGGCUUAGAAAUAACAUUUGGCGUAGAAGAGAAAUAUCGACGAAGACAAGUAACAUUAAAGAACAUUUUACAAAGAUGGAUGAAAAUAAAGACAAGCUUCGGGAAGCAUCUAAAGUGAAUACAUGUUUACAAAUAACCAUUACAGAUACAGAAUCACAUGAUUUACUAGUCGAGGAUACAUUGACUGCAGAAAAUGAUAUAGCUCGAGACAAAAUAACAAGUCGUCAUAUGAAUAUGCGUCAAUUAGAGACUUCACAACAGACGAUCAAACAGAAUUGCCAAGAGAAAAAAAUAAAUAAAAAAACUCGAAAACAAAUAAUAAAAACGGAAAAUGUGAUCAUAGUAAAUGUUGGUGAAAAAGAUGGGGAAUGUUCAUUUUCUCGUUUAAAACUCCGUAAAAACAAACAUGUAGAUGCUGAGGUCGAGGAAAUAAGAGCAAAAGAUUCCGAUCAAACCUUAGCCUCAAUAAAAAAUGAAAUGCAUUCAAGAGAACAAAUGUUAGAUCAAAAGUUAGAAGAUAAUUUUGAAAAGCACUCAGAGAUUAGCUAUGAAUGUGAUAAAGAUUCUUCAAAUAAUUCAGAUACGUCGUCUUCCUUUACCUUUAUACCACCUCCAACACCGUCAUCCAUUUCGUCAUCUGUAAUUUCGUCAGCUGUUAACAUUACACCGAACACUAUCAUGGGAAGUUUUAACAGUGCUUGUGAAGUCAGUCAACAGUUCACGUUUUCACCUAAACUGGUGAAUGAAUAUAAAUCUGAAAAAUCAUCUGAUAACCAGAAAAUUGUUGGAAUCGGUUCAAAGACCGCAAAUUCAUAUUACCGUUUUCCUGAUGUGGACACCUUCACUCCUCCUUCUAUUCAAUAUGAUGAAAAACCCUCGAAAAGAAUAUCUCUUAUUUAUCCUUGCAUUUCGCCAAAACAUCUUAAGCAAAAUGAUGCGUCAAAUUAUCUGGUACAACAGGUAGAUCAGACGACGUUCAACAAUAUUCAUGAGAUAACUGAACAAUCGAAUCAUCUUGCUCAAAAUAGUGCCUGUCUAAGUGAUCGAGCAUCAAGGCGAGCCCGGCUGAAGUCUAUUUCUCUAGACUCGGAAGGAGCCCGAUUAGUAGAAGAAAACCUGUCUUCUGGUAUUCCCGUGGAGGAGUUGGUAGAAAGAGCAGCAAACCAGGCGCAUUAUUCAUCUGCAGAAAACCAGUCGCAGCCAACUGAAAUGGCUGCUAGUAGCAGUUCUGCAUCCUGCAGAAAGCAACGAAAUAUCUUGAAUCUAAAAUUGAAUUUAAAUGAUAAAGAUAAGACAUUACCGGUUGAUGAAGAGUACAGACUAAAUGAUUUCUUUUCGAAUACUAUGAUUACGAUGACGAAGAAGACACCGAGGGUAGAGUUAAAUUGA